CUCGCACUUAAAACAGAAAAGGGGGUAUUUCAACUUCGACAAUAACGCCCAAUAUGCCCAGCGAUCUUUAUGCCGUAGCAGAUUUCUGUCUCAUCCCAAUCGGAACAGGAGAAUCUUCCGUCGCAGAAUAUAUUGCAGAGUGUCAGAGAGUCUUGGAAAAAUCAGGGCUGACGUUCAAGAUGCAUGGGUACGGCACUAAUAUUGAGGGGCCUUGGAGCGAAGUGUCUCAAGCCAUACAUGAUUGUCAUGCCGCAGUCCACGCCAAAGGCGCCCCCCGAGUCGCCACAGACAUCCGCAUUGGUACACGCGUAGAUCGAGACACACCCGUGGGUGAUGGCAACGAUCACAAGGUGAAACGUGUAGAAGAGAUCCUAGCAAGAGAUAGAGCAGCUGCAUCCUAAGUCUUCACUGCUUUGUUAGGUCGGCCAGGCAGGUAAUAGUGUA